GCUGACGGGUUUGGACGUUUCUUUACGUCGUUCGUUCGUUUGUUCAUUCGUUCGUUCAUUCAUACGUUUGAUCGGCCACUUUAAAUUGCUCUGUGGAGAAGCGAAACAACAGUUUGUAUGAGUGGAAGGAUGGUCAAAAUUAUCGCAACGUGUGCGUGAGCAGGAGAUUCAAUAAUAUUUGGCAGAUUGUGAUGCGAAGAUGUGCAAACGGGAAUAAUUAGUGUGGAUCCGCGGGUAACAUUUAUUAUUACUGCCUUCAAGAUUCAGUUCCGUAGUGGGAGAGGGGCAAACGGUUGACCCCUGUAAAUUUUGAAUAGAAAUCGACAGGUUCGAUCGCUGUGGUCCCGCAGAACAGUGCACUCGGGAGAAGAGAAGGGAGUUUACAAGUGCGUCAGAAAGAGAAGAAACAUCAUUUUUUUCUUCCCCGAGACGACCUUUUUUUGCUAUCUCUAAAUUCCACGAGCACAGAGAUCACAUCGUCUUGGCGCCGUCGAUGGCGGUUUGUCGAAAAAGUGGCCGAUGUGUAUGAAAAUAGAAGAAGAUAAAUAUUACAUCCCAGCCAAAUUGGCACGGGUUUGAUGCUGCGGGUAUUUGAUAAUCGGAGAAGUGUCAGUGUUACGGUAUUUCCGUGCUUCCGCUGUUGUCCAGCGUCCGCCGCCUUAAUGUACCUGUGCCAAAGGGGUACAUAGUGUAUGUGUGUGUUUGUGUGCACUCAAACGAGAGGAGUCCAUCUUCGUUUGACAUUUCGUUUUAGUGCGAUAUUCGCACGUGAGAGAAAUCGUGCAAGAAUUUUCUUUUUCCUAAACGGGUACGAUUAGGAUGUGUUUUAAAUUUGUGGUUGUAUAAAUAGUAAUCAUAACAGUGAGGCAAAAAAAAACAACGACGGUCCAGCGGGGAAGGAAACAAAUGAAUGAUUUAUAAUACCGACAGAUAAAAGAGGAAAAGGCGAGCCGUGGAACACAUAGCCAGCCGUUUAGACGUUUUGGUGCGAGUAUUUGCUCGGGUUCGUUCGUCUGUUCGUGUGUAAUAUUUUUUCUUCUUCGGUGUAACCUAUUCGCCAGCGAGCAGCGGUUCGUCGGUUGCUGUUUACAAGUGUGAGGAAGCAAGUGGAUUAAAAGAGCGUUUUGUUUUUAUUGUUUGUGUGCCACACCGGGACCGAGUGGAGUUCAGACCGAGUGCGAGCGAAAAUAAAAGAUUAAGCCACCCAGCUGCGCUUCUUCUCAUCCCAUCCAAUUCACACCUACUUCACUGUGAGUAGAAAUUGAUACUCGGAAGCAAUCACAGCGUGGCGGCAGCGAACUCGAGCUCCGAACGUCAGCGCCAAUUAUGUGUACGUCUCCGCCUGGAAACCACCGGUAGCCGGAAAGUCACUUCCAAGACGACGGGAGUAGCUGGAAACCCUUUUCAGAGGGAGGGCGAAUGAGGAAAUUAGUUAUAAUCGUGUUUUAAUUCGAUUACACUCAACUCGACGCUGCCGUCGGGUAGUCUGCGGGGGGCAGCAAACACUGUGCGUUGUGAUCCGGUGGAUGCAUUUUUUUCCGCGAGUUCAGUGUUGUGGGUUGAUGAACACCCAAAAGUGGCAUUUUUAAGGCGUCCCGACGAUGAAGUUCGAAGAAAGUUUUACAACCAGCGCUCAACUGGUGGCGGCGCAAACCUCCAGUGACGUGGUUAGAUGGACACAUACCGAGCACAGUUCGACUUCCGAUGGUUCCUGCCGACGGAAAAGUGCCAAAUGCAGUCCUCGCCGAGGAGAACUGUCGUUAGGAAUGAUCAAGCAGAGCGCUCCGAUGGCACAAUUCCAACCCUGCUGCUCACUGACUCCCUGUGAUGACGAGCGCCACCCAAAGGUUCACGGGAGUGACGGUCAACUGCCUUGUGGUGGAAGUGGUAGCAGUAGACUAACGACGCGGUCGUUAGCAUCGUCGACCUCCAGAUGGCACCGGUGCCAGUUAGUAGUGUUGUACAUAGUAGCGUUAGUGUUAGUAGGUGCAAUUUCUGUGGUUCACUGUGAUGCAGUUAGUAGAAGUAGUAGUAAUAGUAGGCAACCUUAUUCCAAUGUGGCGGAUGAUGCCUACGCGGCGGCCGCUAGUAGGAGUGUGACGGAGGAUCUGCUCGAUGCUAGCGGACACUACACACACCACUGGGCGGUACACAUUCCGAAUGGGGGCGACGAAACUGCCGAACUGGUCGCCGCCGAGCACGAGUUCAUCAACCAUGGAAAGAUUCUCGACGGAUUCUACCACUUCGAACAUCGGCACGUGCAGAAACGUUCGGCGAAUCCCUCGGCCCACCACCAGCGUCGUUUGGAUGCCGACGAUCGCGUUCAGUGGGCGCAGCAGCAGCGAGUGAAGCGGCGAGUGAAACGUGAUUUCCGCCCGCUCAAGAGUCCCUACCUGAUACAGCUGAACGAUCCCAAGUGGCCAGAGAUGUGGUACCUGAACCGAGGCAAUGGCUUAGACAUGAAUGUGAUACCGGCCUGGAAGGAAGGAGUAACGGGGAAAGGCGUGGUCGUUACAAUCCUAGAUGACGGACUUGAGUCGGAUCACCCGGAUCUGGAGCAUAAUUAUGAUCCCAAAGCGUCGUACGACGUGAACGGCAACGACGGCGAUCCCAUGCCGCACUACGACCUGACGGACUCCAACCGACACGGGACGCGUUGUGCCGGUGAGGUGGCCGCAACGGCGAAUAACUCGAAGUGCGCGGUUGGCAUCGCGUACGGGGCUCGCGUCGGUGGCGUUCGGAUGCUGGACGGAGACGUGACGGAUGUUGUGGAGGCCAAAUCGCUGGGCUUGAACUCGCAACAUAUUGACAUCUACAGCGCCUCGUGGGGACCGGACGAUGACGGCAAGACGGUCGAUGGUCCGGGCGACAUGGCGACGCGGGCUUUCAUCGAAGGCGUCCGCAAAGGCCGUGGCGGAAAAGGGUCCAUAUUCAUCUGGGCUUCUGGUAACGGGGGCCGGGAACAUGACAACUGCAACUGCGAUGGUUACACGAACUCGAUCUGGACCCUGUCGAUAUCGAGUGCGUCCCAGGAAGGAUUGGUGCCUUGGUUUUCCGAAAUGUGCAGCUCCACACUAGCCACAACGUACAGCAGCGGGAAUACAAACGAGAAACAGGUGAUUACAACGGAUUUACAUCACUCGUGCACGUCAUCCCACACGGGAACAUCGGCAUCAGCGCCACUAGCAGCCGGUAUUGCGGCACUUGUGCUCGAAGCCAACCGCAAUCUGACCUGGCGUGAUCUGCAGCAUAUAGUUGUUCGUACGGCUAAGCCUGGAAAUUUAAAAGACCCGACGUGGUCGAAGAAUGGAAUCGGUCGCCGUGUAUCGCAUUCGUUCGGAUAUGGCCUAAUGGAUGCCGCUUCGAUGGUUAAAUUGGCACGUACGUGGAAAACCGUGCCUGAGCAGCAGGUCUGCGAAAUAAACGCACCCCACUUGGACAAGCAAAUUCCACCACGUACCAAAGUCACGCUUCAACUGACGGUCGAGCAUUGCAUGGGAGUGAACUAUCUGGAACACGUACAAGCCAAAAUAACGCUGACCUCCCAGCGCCGUGGUGAUAUCCAAAUCUUUCUAACCUCACCGUCCGGUACCCGCGUUACGCUGCUCACCCCAAGAUCCCAUGAUUUAUCUCGCUCGGGUUUCAACCAGUGGCCCUUCAUGUCGGUGCACACUUGGGGCGAAGCACCACACGGAACCUGGCAGCUUGAGAUCCACAACGAAGGCCGCUUAUUAGGCUACUCACUGAUCCGCGGCUGGUCAUUGAUAUUGUAUGGAACUAGCACUCCUCCGGAUUCGAACGAUCCACCGAAUGCUUCCCGCGUUUUCUCGACUCCAUCGCCUGCCCUUCCGCCCAUCAUUCCAGCGUACUCAGUUGGUGGGUCGAAAACAUUCUACUCCACCACCGGUGCACUGGGUAAACCAAAUCGCAAGCAGCAAUUGCAGUACGCCACCUACACACCAAACUCUCAGUUCGGAAUUACACCCGUGUAUCAGGUAACGCCCGCCCGGAAGAACAACAAAAACAAGAACAAAUUGAACAAGAAUUCCACAAAAAAUACCACCGCCCGGCCUUCCAGCCAGACCACGCUGAAUGGUUUCCACAAUCCGUACGGCAACGGUAAAAAAUAUGAGUACAACACGGGAAUCAAGAAAACUGCAACGCCAAAACCGAAGCCUUUUAUCCAGAGUAUCAACUACAGAAACGAGAAAUACCAUGCCGCCACCUCUAACGGCUACGAAAAGCAGAUCGCCAUCAAAGCUCCCAAGCAGGUCAAGGACAACGGCUUCCAAACUCCAUCCAAAGCCGCUUCCCGCAAGCCGAUCGCCACCGGUCCCAUAACAAUCCUUCCUAUAAAUUUUUCAACCAGCAUCGAAGUCACCACAACAUCGGCCCCAACGACCCAAUCGUCCUUCCUCAACGAACGUUUCUCCACCACGAACGGCCGAAUCCCAAAACUUUUCCAGCAGUACGAAAAAAUUCAACAAUUCUACCCAGAACUCAAACCUUACUCUUCCAUUCGGGACGAUAUGGAGCGACCGAAGCAGCAGCCGCCGCAAUCCCCCUUCGAAUCCGAGUCGGGUCCUCACGGGAAUCCUUCGGUUCUUUUCAGCGGUGGAACCAACGGGAAACCCUCCCGGGCAAAUACGAAAAUUUUCUUCCCCGACACGGACAUCAUUGACGCGAUCGGACCCCGGAAGAUCACCUCUAGCCUGCAGCCGAUACAGCAGCCCUUUUACGGGCGCACGCAAAACUCCCAGUUCGUUUCCAGCGGAUCCAAGAGUGGAAAGGCCCAAAUAACUCAAUGGAAUCUAAUUUUCUACGGAACGGAAGCGCCCGCCCAGCCAGAUGACCCAGUUCGGCUCGGGAAGCCCAGCUUCAGCGAUAACAACUAUGGCGGCGAAAUCGAGCACAACUCGCUGGAGUUCGACAGUGGCAUUACCAGCGACCAGUGGAGGAACAUGCAACAGAUCGGCGAGAGCCACGUGGACGUCCAGAGGACCGCCUCCAACGACGUGACAAGUUUAGCCUGCAGCAAAUACACGCUGACGCGCUGCAUAGUGUGCGGUUCGUCGUCGUACUUUUUCAACGGUCGCUGCUAUUCGUCCUGCCCGACGAGCACGUUUCCGUCGAACAGCUCAACCGAUCCAGCGAAUGACCCCAUUAGGGAGGCUGUCUUCACUGAGCAGAAGCCACUGCCGGCAGGCUCAUUACGGCGACGCAGCGCUAUCUCUUUCCGGCUCGUCGCCAAUGGCAGCGAUAAUUUCAACAAUCUAGACGACAUUCGGCGGGCGGCAAAGCCGCAGGAACGUGACACUCUGCAAUCCCAGCAUUAUUGCCUCCAGUGUCACCCUACGUGUCUCAGCUGCAUUGGCUCAGAGGAUUACCAGUGCACCGAAUGUCAGCCGGAAUUUGCAUUCGCAGAUGCUGAUGCACCCCGCUCAAAUCACCAACAGCGGUGCGUCUCCAUCAACGGCAAGCGACACCAGCAGUUGGUUUACGAUGGCAUUGGAACAAAUAAUUUCAACUCAAAGGACCGUGGCCAUAGCGAAAAGUUCGAUAAGAGCUCGUACUUCACCAACUACCUACUUAUGAUAACCGUCGUCGGGACGAUACUGCUGGUGGCCUUUGCGGUUAUCUAUAUGCUCUGGCGACGAUGCUUUCGGGGCACCACCACGGUCCAGUACAAUCGAGUACAGACAUACGAAGUCGUUAGUGAGCCAUCCUUCGCUGAACUGUUGCGCGAGGAGAUCGAUGAGAUACUGGCCGAAAGCUCAAACGAUGAGUUGAAUGAUUUGGUGGACGGUGGAAUCAUUGCCCCGAUGGAGAGAUGAAAGGGCAAUUUAUCGGUUUUGUGAACCGGGCAUUCAUACCCACAUUCCUGUUUUUAAUCUUUAUUUACACUGCUCGGAAAGUAGAUUUUAGAAACAACGAGCAGCUGAUGUUACACGGUCAACAAAUAGGAGCCAGUUUAUAGAGUUUAUUUUAUCAAACUCGGAUCAGUGAAGAAUCAUUAGUGUUUAUAGAAAGUGCGAAUGUGAUAACAUUAUUAAUAAAAUGUAAAGUAUUUGUAUUCAAUUAUA